AUGAGUCUCGCCAACGCCCUUACCACCUUCUAUGAUCAAUCUGGUUCGGUUGAUUUAUUGGACGAGGCUAUAGUUCACUAUCAUGAAUGUGUGGAUCUUCAUCCUCCGGGAGAUUCAAAUCGCCCAAGAACUCUCUAUAACCUCUCCAAUGCUCUUCAGAUGCGAUAUGAACACAUGGGAUCGAAGGAAGACUUGGAGGAAUCCAUCGCUUGUACUCGGGAAUCGCUUAUUCUCUGUCCUCCUGGCCACCCCCGUCGCUCAGCACACCUGGAUAAUUUCGCAAAUGGACAUAUCAUGCGUUAUCAGAGCUCAGGAUUGGCAGAGGAUCUGGACCUGGCCAUUUCUUCUCACCGCGAAGCACUUGGACUCCGUCCGCCUGGCAAUCCCGACCGUGAUCUGUCUUUGAAUAAUCUGGCAUAUUCCCUUCAAACUCGCUAUGAUCAAGUGGGUAGAAUGGAGGAUCUCAACGAAGCAGUCUCAUACUACCACGAGCUUCUUGAAUUAUUGUCUUCCGACCAUCCAACAUAUAGAGAUUGUAUAAACAACUUUGCCAAUGCCCUCCACUGCCGAUAUGUCUCGUCAGGAGGGCCGCAGGACCUCGCGGAUUCAAUAACAUACUAUGAAAAAGUACUCUCAAUCACUCCCCCUGAAAAUCCACGACGAUAUUCCGCAUUAAACAAUCUCUGUGACUCACUCAAAACACGCUAUGAUCAAAUGGGCGAUAUCAAUGACAUAGAGAAGGCGAUCUCCUACGGCCGUGAAGCGCUUUCAAUCACUUUACCCAGUAAUCCACAUAGGGCCAAUUUCCUCUCAACCCUUUCAGACGCGCUCCAGGCUCUGUAUAAUCAUACUGGGAGGGUGGAAGAGGUUGAAGAUGCUAUAUCUUAUCGCAGAGAAGUGCUGAGCUUGCGCCCGGUUGGGCAUCCAAAUCAUCCCAGCUCACUUACCGACUUUGCAGCAGCUCUUCAAAGCCGUUAUAAUCAUCUGGAAAACCUGUCAGACAUUGAGGAGGCCAUUAUAUGCCUACAAGAGUCGCUUAGCUUCUGUCCUACUGGAAACCCACACCGUUUCUACUCCCUCGAAAACCUUGCGAACGCUCUUAUGGUUCGUUAUGAGCGAUUAGGAAGAGAAGAUGAUAUUGACAAUUCAGUCGCAUACCAUCGUGAAGCUAUUGAACUCUGUCCUUCAGGGAACCCAAUACACCCAAUAUCUCUGACAAACCUGGCAUGUGCUCUGCACACUCGCUAUGAUAAUCGCAGGAGGCUAGAGGAUCUUAGCGAGGCGAUUCAACUGCACCGCAAAUCACUCAGUAUACUUCCUCCGGCUCAUCCAAAUCGCGCACUCAUGUUGACAAACUUCGCCGAUGCUCUUUUCAGUUACUACAAGGAAAUAGGUGAAUCGAAGGAUAUUGAAGAGUCAAUCUCGACACACCGUAGCGUGGUCGAUGACCUACGCCCUCCUGGUCAUCCAGACAGGUCUAGGUCUCUUCGCUCCCUGGCUAAUGCCCUGCUGUCUCGCUUUGAGAAAAAUCAGAAGUCUAAGGACUUUCAAGAAGCGUUCCAGUUAUAUGAAGAUGCAACAAGUGAUGGAACGUCCAUUCCAUCGCACAGACUCACCGCCGCUAUCUUUUGGAUGAAUGAAGCAAGAACUAGGGAACACAAAUCCCUUCUAACUGCGUGCAAAGCAUGCCUACAGCUUGUCCAUCGAUGCUUGAUUUCCCAUGGGAAUGUCGAAUCACAACAAAGGUUUCUGGCCACUGCCAACGUUCCGAGAUCUCUAGCAUCAGAUGCUGCUUCUGCUGCCAUCUCCGCAGGGGACCUCGAGCUGGCCGUUGAGCUUUUAGAACAGGGAAGGGCCAUACUUUGGUCCAAGGUUGACGCAUAUAAAUAUCCUCUGGAGCAACUUCGACAAGUUGAGCAAGGUGGUGAGCUUGCUGACCGUCUCGAAAUACUCGGUUCUCAGUUAGAACAUCUUGUUCUUCUCUCAAGGAAAUGGACGAAUGAUGGGGCAGGGUCAACAACAGAAUGGUUUCUAGAUAAUCAAGCUCGUAGCCAUCGCAUUCUAUCAGAGGAAUGGGAAGAGGUAAUCACAGCUAUUCGCAAAAUUGACGGGUUUGAAAACUUUUUACAAGCCGCUCCAUUCAGAACACUUCAACUAGCCGCUGAGAAUGGACCGGCGAUACUUAUAAACGUCAGCAAAUAUCGGUGCGAUGCAAUUAUCAUUGUCCGCAAUGGUCCCCCCGUCCUAGUCCCCCUGGCACAUAUCCAGACUAAAGACCUCCUUGCCCACAUCGUUGAUGUGCUAGCGAGCGAGAUGGGCGCGAAACAAGCAAAAUGCAGUGGCCGGGCCUACAACACACCCAACGCUCGUCUAACAGUUAAGUGGCGAGUUUCCUUCACAAGGACUUCUAACCACAAGGCUGUAAAGUGUAGUAGGAUUUUAAGGAAUGAAAUGGUUGAAGACGAAAGCGAAAACAUUCAGCGAUACGCCAAGCACGCCAAUGUUCUUAUGGGGCCAAAGGCUACCCGUCGCGCCGUUCUUAGUGGUUUAAAGCAGCACCCUUGGGUACAUUUGGCAUGUCAUGGUCGGCUGGGGGACAAAGGCCAACCGUUCCGUGCCUCAUUUGAGCUUUACGACAAACCUUUGACCCUUCUUGAUGUAAUCCGGGCUAGACUACCCAAUGCUGAGUUCGCCUUUCUAUCAGCAUGUCAUAGUGCUUCUGGGGACGCCAAUACACGGGACGAAAACAUCCAUCUCUCAGCAGCAAUGCAGUUCUGCGGAUUCCGAAGUGUUGUGGGCACACUGUGGGAAAUGAACGAUGAGGAUGGUCCAACUAUCUCGCAAGAGUUCUAUCGGUACAUGUUCCGUAGCUCAGAAAGGUCUCCGAGUUUUACAGACUCAGCUGAGGCAUUGAACCACGCUGUGAGGGCAAUGAGAAAGGCUAAGGUUCCUAUCGAGCAUUGGGUCAUGUUUGUUCACAUCGGUGCUUGA